AUGUUACGACAUCGACCGAGUGGAGUGGCGGUGCUGAGUUCGACGGAAAGCGGCAGUGGUUGCAGCGGUAGCGACAUCACUGAGCCGCGUUCGCCUCUAAGCCCUGAGUCGGCUUGCAGCACAAGCGAAGAGGGCGCGGGCGCGCGCAUGCCGCCUUGGGCGAGCGAUCCGGCGCCGCCGGGACCGCGACGCCUCGCGGCUCAACCCGCGCCCCUGCGACGCCCCAAUCCACCCAUUCAUCGCCGCAUAACAGAGUAUUUCAAUCAUAAGAUGAAGCCGCAAAACGUCGUCAAGCGCGACUCCAAUAUGAGCAACGAUGACACCAAGAAAAAGUGCCUACCCAAAAACGGCGUCACGCAUGAUCUCGAAAAAUAUAUUUCGUAUCUAUCCCAAACGCUAAGUCCCAAAUUGCUUGACGUUGGAAAACAAGCAGAAGCGGCUACAAAGAUAAAUCAACCUUCAGUUAAUAUGGACUGUUCUAAGACCGACUUAAUUAAAACAUCAAUGAGUUCCAAUAUUAACGGGAUAAAGGAUAGCAGAUCUAAAGAUGUCAAAGAUAAACAUAAAAUGAACGGUUUUAUGGAGGUCCGGCACGGGAUCAAUACGUUCAAUAAAGAAAAGAAUCAAGGAGUCUUUUUUAAUGGGUUAACCGAUAGUAAAAAACAAAACUUGAAACUAGCCCAGGGCCCAUCCGCCAGUAUGAAUGUGAAUAUAAAUAAACCCAAAGUUGCAAUACCGGCGUCGAGCGACUUGGUCGGAUUACGAAUCGCACCAGCCACAUCAAUGAAUCAGUCGUUAAAAAAACAAGCUACUAAACAAGAUACAACAAAAAUAAAUGGAAUUGUUAGCUCAACUACUAAGUUAGAUAGUAGAAUGAAUGGAGUUACAUGUGGCUCAAAUAACUUGAAUCUGAUUAAUAAGCCUGUAAAAAAGGAACCAAUUAGAAGGAACGCACAACCUUCUAAAAGAACCAAUAGAAAAUCUUCAGCUUGUAUUGCGAAUAGUAAAAAUUUAACUUGGUCUAAAGCUAACAAUCUUAAACAGGUUCAACUACAAAAACAAAAUUGUACAAACUCAUUGCAUAACUCUUCCGUCAAAGGUAUUCCUGGUGAAGCGAGCACGGCACCAAAGAUGAAUAUUCCAAACGGCGUCCGACAAAUGUCUAUGACUGUUAAUGGAAGUCUCGGCAAUUUGAAUGUACCUGUAGCUAAUUUACAAAAUUGCCAUCAAAUAAAUAUUCCACAACAGUGCAACGGUACCGUGACAUCAAAUAAUUUAGCUUCAUUUGUUGCGGUUCCUCAAAAUGUCAUGCUGACUACGUUACGGAUUCCCCAAAAUGGAAUAUCUGCGCAGAAUAACCUUAAUAUGAACCAACAAGGUAAUAUAGCUGCAUUUAAUCGAACAAAUGUCAAUGUGUCAAGCCCGACAAAAUUGAACGGACAAUUUGUUUUUCCGCUUAUGCAAAAUAUAAACGGAACUGUAGUUCAAAUACCAAACCUGAUGGCGAAAAUGCCGAAUUUUGUACUACCGCAAAAUCCUCAGUUAGCAGCACAGAGACAAGAUCAUUUACAAAACCAACAAGCUGCACAAAUUCUAAUAAAUGGGACCUUAUUAAAACUUGCGAAUACUAUCCCACCUAACUAUGCAACUGCCAAUAAAUCUGGGCCCGUCACUAGUCAGUCGAUACCGGUGAUGAAUAAGAACGUUCCAGGACUUCCAGCUAUGGGAAUGACAGUUCAACCAAAACCAAAUUUCACCGUUAAUCUCAGUCAUCCUGUUCUAGUACCUCAGCCAGGAUUUAUAGUGACUUCAGUGCCAAAUAUGAAUGUGAAAGAGACGUGGAGCUACACUAACACAAACUCAGUGUCGUCUUCACAAACGUCUUGUUCGAACCCCAUGGUUCAUCAUCCACCGCCCAUGGUUGCUAACUUUACUGCUCAAACGCUACACUCGAGCAGUAUACCAAGAGCCACGGUGAAACCGCCUGACAACCCGAUUCAGGGUACGGAACCGCCUAGCAGUACUGUAAAGGAACCCGAAAGUGAGAUGGCAAACCUAAAGUGUGAUAUUCCAUGGCUGUCAAAAACUGUAAAUAAUAACAUUGUUCCAUUAGAUUCUUAUAAAUUUUCAUCGAGGCCUUUUGCACAAGUUAGUAGUUGUUCAGGGAAUCUUGAAGUUAUUACUAAAAUAGAGAAAGAAAUUAAAAUGUGUGAAGACAUAAAAGAAGAAUCAGAUGUACAAAGCACUAAUGAGGAGUUAAGGAAAGUAGAAGAGGUUGCCAAAAGAGAGGAAACAAUAUUUACACAAAUAACCGUUCUGAAGGAUGUUUCAUCAAAUGUUCAAAGUACUGUGAUAGAAGCUGAUUUUUGUAAUGCUACCACGGAGUCUUCAGAAUCUGGUAUUGGAACAGACAAGUCUAUAGAUUCGCCGAGUGAUUCGCAAACCAGCAAGGAGUGCGACGAAGAUUCUUCGUUAUCUCUUAGUAUCAGUGUGAGUUCAGUAGAGACGCAAAGCUGCCAAAAGAGCCCAAUUCUAAAACAACCUAAAAUAUUACGGUUUCCUCCAAAAAAUCUAACUAAACCUCAAAGUAACAAAAGGACUUCUAGUACAGAUACAACAAGUGUGACAGUGUGUCUGUGGGAAAACUGCAAGCGGGAGUUUGAAAGCGAUUCAGAUCUGUUGGAACAUUUGCAGUCUACUCACGUGGAAUCACAGGCGGGCAAAGAGAAUUACGUGUGUCUAUGGGAGCAAUGUAAAGUGCGCGGAAAACCUUCGUGUUCGAGGCUAUGGCUGGAGCGACACGCGCUGUCUCACGGCGGCAACAAACCCUUCAAAUGCAUCGUCGACGGAUGCGACCGCAGAUUUUCCACUCAGACGUUGCUAGAGCGUCACGUCAACAAUCAUUUCAAUGAAGCAUCACCAAACAAUGCCAACAAGAAAACAACAGACAGUUCUUCAAAGCUCAUACGACGGAAUGGAAAGAAGCUCCGGUAUCGACGACAGCCUUGGUCUGCGCGAAUGUUCGACUUCUUCGACGCGGGCACCAUGGAGGGGCUGGCGUGGCGUCUCUCGCGCUGCACGCGGUGGCGGCUGGGCGGCGCGUGUCCGCUGCGCGAGCCGCCCGGCCGGCACACGCUCACGCUGCACGCCUCGCUCGCCGCCACGCGCUACAACGCCGCGGAGGCGAGGCGGGAGGCGCUGCUCACGUACUACCCGCCGCAUGUCUGCAAAUUUGUCAGGUUUUCUAGUAAUGUUGAUAUUGACACAGGUAACGUCAGGAUCGAAGAUGAAUGGGUUCCAGAGAACGAAGUGAAGAGAGUGAAGCGUGUUGAGAUAUCUGAACUUCCAGUACACACAAAGGUGUCGCUAUACGACCAGUUCUGCAACUCCUAUAGAAAAACACCAUCCCCGCCGCCUUCAAGGAAAGCACCCGCGGCAAAUUCACAACCAGUUCGUCUGCUGCCGGCACGACAGUGUACGUCGUCGCGAGUACUAAACAACCUAAUAGCAAAGCAACGCAAGGAAAGAAGCAACUGCAGCGCCACCAACAUGCCGAUGGAGUACCAGGAAGACAUAGACAGGGUGGAGGUGUCAGGAGCAAAGAAACGCAAGAUGGGCAGACGCUACGGCGGCAAUUGUUUCAUGCCGUGCGGACGA